GAUCUCAGUGGAGUGGAGAUAUGCUGUGUGAUCUUUUAUAACACAUCCUGUUAAAUUUCACUUUUAGUCUGAAAAUCUAAACACACACAACAUGCUUCAAAGUUUGUUUGGACUUUUUUAUCUCUCGACGCUUUCUCGGUUAGUGACUCUCAAAGGUACUCAAGCUGAAUGUCCUAUAAAGUUUAACCCACCGAGUGUUGUUGUGGAGUACGGCAGCUCUGUUUCAGUGGAUUGUAGCACUGAUGUCACACAUGAUGGGAUGGGCGUGGAAGCCCCUGAAGGAUCAGUACCCUUGACCAAAGCCAAACUGAUCACCUGGAGAGUAUCUAACCUGAGACGAUGGGACAUACGGCCACAGUGCUACAUAAACUUCAAUAAACAACAGUGUGAAAUUUUCCUCCCAUUCAUUGUUUACAAGACUCCAGAUAGUGUCUCCAUCAACACAGUGAAUCGACCAAUGAUUGAGGGAUCACAGUAUGAGCUCCAGUGUGAUAUUGUGAAUGUGGCUCCUGUUAAGAGACUCAUUGUGAAAUGGUUUAAUGGAGAGACAGAAGUGAAAACUGAAACCUUCAAUGACACCAUCAAGACUCCAGUGAAUGAAACAUCUAAACUUGAGAUCACUGCAGACAGAGAUGAUGAUGGAGCUCAGUACAGAUGUGAAGCAGAUCUGGAACUGGGACCAUAUGGACCUCAACCUCCUCCUGAAGUGACAUCAGAACCUUUUCAGAUUAUAGUACAGUUUUCACCACGACACAUUGAUUCAAAGGAGAUCAUCACAAAAACAGAUGGAGAGAUCACUCUGAACUGUACAGUAGCAGCAAAUCCACCUGCUACUUACUCCUGGACCUCAGAGCAUUUGAAAAAGAGGAACAAUUCACCAAUGCUCUCAUCCUCUACACUGACUCCAGGAAACUACACAUGCACUGCUACAAACACUCUAGGAGAAUCCAAAAAAGAGUUCAUCAUCAAUUCUGGAGGCAGUCGCACCACAUUCACAUUCAUUUUUCUCCAGCUGCUGGUUGCUUUAAGGAUUGUCAUGUGAGGAAGAUACAAAAGGAUACUCUCAGAAGAUUAAUUCCACUUCUUUUUUUAAAGCAACUUGUUCACUUUCUUUAAGAUCUGACAGUCACUGUUUUGCAUCAAAAUCUCACGAACGUGAAACAUUGUGGAUAUUAUUCAUGACCUAAACCAAUGUAUUGUGUAAUUUUUAGGGAUGGACCAAUAUACCAGCCCAUAAUUGGUAUUGGCAGAUAAAAGAAUUUACAUUGGCCGCAUUAUUUUGAAUUGGGUAAAAAUGACAGCAAAAUUGCAGUUUGUAUGAAACAGUAAAAAUUGAAACCAUCAGUGUUGAAAAAACUAUGAAAACAUGAAUGUAUUAAUUAUUCUGUCACAACCUUCUGUACCAUCUGCAUUUCUGUGCUCAAUGAUAGUGAUCAAAGACUAUUGGCAGAGUUGUUUAUUCAGUACAGUGGGGGCUACAGGUGGUCUUCUGAUUGGUCAGUUUGAAUGUAUCAUGUUGGGUUUGUAGCAUUUCAAUUGUAACUUUACUGUUAUUAAACCUUUUCAUUUGGUAAA